AUGGUACACGUUCCCGGACUGCGGAGGGGCACAGACAGGGUCUUCCAAAACUACUUCCUGCUGACGCAGGCGGCCAGCGAGAACCUGGCAAGGGAAGUUCGAGCAGUGACCAGGAUCCAGAGUGUCUUCCGUGCCUCCAAGGUCCGGCUUAGUUGGCGUGCGGUGGUGGCCGCAACGCUGACAGUCCAGCGUGUGGCUCGUGGUUGGUCGGGUCGGCGUCGGGCGCGCCUCCUACGCUUCCAGCGUCUCACGCGGUUGCAGAACCAUUUCUUUUAUCAAUCGGCCGUGGUGAUCCAGCGCUUCUUUCGCGGCUGGAGCAGUCGCAAACACUUGCAUGACUACCAUGGGAGGAAGCGGUAUAUGGAAAAGUGCGCGCAGCGUGGCGAGUGGACCCAAGCCUAUCUGGCGCAGGAGCACCAACAAAGCCUGACAAGGGGCAAGAUGGAGGAGGAGGAGCAGAUGAGGCAGGAGAUCCGCAACGUGGCAGGCGAGAUCCACCACCUAGUCAGCACCAAGAGCAUCCCAGGUGUCUACAACCCCCCGUACAACGACCACUUGCCUCGUGCUUUUGACAAACCCAUCGAGCAGCACUUGCGAGAGUCCUUGCGGGUUCAGCUGCCCAGGUCAAUGCGACGCCCGCAGCAUCACCUUCAGAGCUUCCACCUCCACAAUGGAGCGACUGGGGCAGGUGGGGCUCGCAUGCCUCGCCUUGGAGUGUCACAGGUGGAGCAGAUGAUGUCCGACCUGUCCUCGCCUCCCCAAGAGCUUCCAGACCGGGCACCGUGUUUGUCAAGGACCGCGAGCACCGGCCGCUGCCAGCGAAUACAGGGUCCUUUCAGGUCGCGGGAGCAGAUUGAAGUCGCCAAUGCCAAGGCCGCCAACCUUUACAAGUCGGUGCAGGCCGCUUCCCCUUACGAUGCUGUGGACCGGGACCGGAGUAUGCAGAACAAGCUGGCAAAGAUGAACCGCACCUCGCACGAAGAUUUCAAAGCGCCUGGGCGCCUGGCUGAGCGCCCGCCACCUCAAAGCGUACACGCGUCGGUUCCCUACUUGGAAAGGCCCCAUGAGCUGCGCAACGAUUACUUGGAGCUGCCCAAGAUCAGGGAUAAGCCACCAUUCUACACAGCUUUACCAAGCAACAAGAAUUUCGAGGAGCUGAAUGAGCAGCCUAUGCUCCAAUGUGGCCACGCCUGA